UAUCGGAUCAGCGCUAGCUUGCACUCUGAACUCUUCCCGCUCUCAGAGGCUGCUUGCUGGGGAGCAGCUCGCUCACAAAUACACUUUGUUACGGCUCUUUUUUUCAAUUUUUUUUUAGCGGAACUGCGAGCGCUUCAAUCAACCUUCAGGCUGUUUUUCAGGAGAGCUAGCGGCUAAUUGUGGGAGCUAAGCAGCUGUUCGGGAGGAGGAUGAGUGGAGACAUGUCUUCAGACGAGGACCGGGCCAAGGAGAUAAUGAAGGGCUUCAAACUGAACUGGAUGAACCUUCGGGAUGCAGAGACGGGCAAAGUACUGUGGCAGGGGACCGAGGACCUCUCCGUUCCCGGGGUCGAACACGAAGCUCGCGUCCCAAAGAAGAUCCUGAAGUGCAAAGCGGUUUCCAGAGAGCUCAACUUUUCCUCGUCGGAGAAGCUGGAGAAGUUCCGUCUGGAGCAGAAGGUCUUCUUCAAGGGACAAUGUCUAGAAGAAUGGUUCUUUGAGUUCGGCUUCGUCAUCCCCAACUCCACCAACACAUGGCAGUCUCUGAUAGAAGCGGCGCCCGAGUCCCAGAUGAUGCCUGCUAACGUCUUAACCGGCAACGUGAUCAUCGAGACCAAGUUCUACGACGACGACCUCCACGUCAGCACGUCCCGGGUACGCCUCUUCUACGUCUGACGCCCACCUUCCCGCCCCGCCCCGCCCCGCCCCGCCGAGGUCCAAGAACAACGCCCCCUUUAGGUGCGUUUGUCGGCGGCUGGCUGCACGUGCUUCCUGUUGACCCGACCAGCACCAGGAGCCCGGCCCGUCUCUUUGUGACUGUCAAUACAUGAGCACCGAUCCCAAGUCAGCCACGCGCUCCUUUUUAUUUGUACAGUUUGUCCUCUUUCACUCCCAAGGUUGCGUUUUACUCAGGAACCAAGCGUCACACCUGUAACCUUUUUAUGCUUUGGUGUGUGAGUGUGUCUCUCCUCUUCAUCCAUGUUCCACGUUUGACUUAGGUAGACCACUUGUCCCCGCCCCCGGCAGGAGAGAAGUGCUGUCCGUUGUUUUUCUCGCGAUGGUCUCUGUGAGGCCCAGUAUGGAGACAGCAGACUAAGUUGUGGUCGCCAUGGUAACACAGCAAGGUGAUUAAAUGCUCCCACUUUUAUCUUCCUCCAGGAGCGACUGCAGACUAGUCUCACAUGUUCCAUAGUGUUGACUUUUUUUUUUGCCUCCGUGUAUUUUGCUUUUUCUUUGCUUUUUCUUAGCUGUUAACUCAACGGUGUAAUAUAGACUGGUCUUUUACUGAGACUGAACAUGUGGAUUAAAACCAUGUUGU